AUGGUUCUUCCAAGUUCAGAGGAAGAGAAAAGGAAGCUGGGAGUGUUGGUGGCUAGUGGAGGCAUUGGUGGCCUUGUGUUGGCUCUGGCUGCCAAGCACAAAGGGUAUGCAGUGAGGGUGUUUGAGAAGGAUUUAAGUGCUGUUAGAGGUGAAGGUAGGAACAGAUUGAGCAAUGCCCUUGCUGUGCUGGAAGCCAUUGAUAAGAGUGUUGCAUGGCAGAUAAUGGAGGCUGGCUGUGUCAUUGCCAAUAGGACUAAUUGCUUUGCUGAAGGUUUAUCUGGAGAGUGGUUCGGUGAGUUUGAUCUUUUGACUCCAGCUUCAAGGAAAAGGCUUCCUCUUACCCUAGUCAUAUGUAGGAUGACACUGCAAGAUAUAUUAGUCAAUUUAGUUGGUCCAAACGUACUAAGAAACAAAUCUAAAGUUGUGGAUUUCAUUCAGGAACCUAGCAAGGUUAGAGUGAUCCUUGAAAAGGGUGAGCAACAUGAUGGUGAUAUCGUUACUCAUUAA